AUGGCAGGGGAAAUAGCAGGAGGACAGCUCACACACAACCUGACUGACGGUGUAUUCGACAACUAUGCGGAAUGGACAGCGAAGCCAGAAUUCAAGCUUCCAAACUGGGGAGAGGCAGUCAUCUUCGUGACCAUCCUCUUUGGAGGCAUGAUCUUGACCAGACGCCGAGACUACAGCAUAUUUGGUCCGAGGAGAGGCUUCUCCUACAAAUCCAUCCUAGACCAAUCGCCCAGAGACUCGGAAGACACCGAGCUUUUCGACUUCCACAGCGACAACGAUGAUGAUCGACAUUCCACCUUCGCUCAGGAGAAACAGUUGCCAAAGUCCAGGACCUGCUGUGGUCUCUGCACAGUAUCGACCCCAAAUACCUCCCGCUUCAAGAACCACAUCCACUCCCGACUCUUCCAAAAGUUUCCCUUCCUCGUCGAAAUGCUCUACUGGGUGCUGAACUACCUCUUCUACCGCAUGACCACAGUCCUCUCCAAUAAAAUCUUCGCCGGCAAAGGAAUUUGGGAAGCGGCCCAAGAUCAUGCCCUCACCAUUCUAGAAAUCGAACAGUUCUCCUGGAUCUCAUUCGUCUUCCCAUUCCGCGAGCUCGACAUCCAACAAUGGUUCAUGCACGGCCAUCAAGACUUGCUCACAUUCCUCGACCGCUUCUAUUCCCUCAUCCACAUCCCAGGCUCCAUGGCUUUUAUUGUCUGGUACUACUACGUAGCACCCUCACACUCUACGUUCGCGACGAUCCGACGAACAAUGACCCUGACGAAUUUCAUGGCCUUUAUGACUUUCAUUUUCCUCCCGGUCAUGCCGCCUCGUCUUCUGCCCAAAGAGUAUGGGUUUCUGGAUACAGUCCACAUGGAAGACGCAGCUUCUCUAUGGCAGACCGGAAAACACGUCAACUCCCUCGCAGCCAUGCCGAGCAUGCAUUUCGGAUACUCCUUCGUCAUCGGCUGUACAUUCAUCUACCAUUCGGGAAUUUUCCGCCGCAGAUUUGAGAAAUUCGAGUCAAACAAGAACAUUUUCUGGAAAACGUUCUACUGUGCGCUCGGAGUUUUGUAUCCGACUAUGAUCCUCAUCACCAUCCUCGCGACUGCGAAUCAUUAUAUUCUGGAUGCGAUGGUGGCGUUUGUGUAUUGUUGUAUUGCAUUUUUGGCGAAUAAGGUGUUUUUUGUGUUGCUUCCAAUCGAGGAUUUGUUUCUUUGGUGUAUCCGCGCGGAGAAACCUAUACCCAGUACAGGAGAGAGGUUUCAUGCUAGGGGUGGGAGGAUAUAA